AUGUCGAAUGUUGGUCGUAAUGGCAGACAACGUAGAAAAGAAGCGCGAACGCCCGCCAACGCUGAAAAUAUACCUCGAGUCAAAACAAAAACUGAAAACAUAGUAAGAGAAUAUUGUCCAGAUCAUACACACAUGCGACGACGUCGCUCGCGUUCGUCUCCUGUUCGACUACGAUCACCGAGACCGAUGGCCUUCUAUUAUUACACUCCGCCUGGUCAGCCCGUCUCGUUAGUUGUUCUGCCUUCGCCGAAACCAGCUGGGACGGGUUCGCGAUCUGCUCGCCGGGCAGCUCGGUACAUCCUGCGUUACCUUCUACGGGCAACACUCAUCCGCAGCGCAUCCACCACCACUUCGUCUCAUCGCGGAAAAGAUGGAAUAGAUACUUCCAAUGUCGGAGAGAUGGAAGCGCAAAGUGAUGUCAGUGGGAACAAUGAAGCAACAUGCCACACCCCUAAAGAAAGUGGGGGGUCUAGAGAUAGCCAAGGUGAUGAAAACGAAGUUCAGGAGAAGACAACCACAGACCGAGUUACCAAUUCCAUGAGCCGUAGCUGUGCUGUACAAGCUUAUGAACAAAUGAGUGACGAAGGAGCACAACGCAUAGACAGUAAGGAGGAAUGUCAAUGCUGUGUGGAACUCUGUGGUUGCGCGGGAGAUAUAGCGGCACUAAGGGCCUCACAUCUUCGUCUUUUACUGCGCCAUGUACGCCAAUUGCACCAUAUUGAACGCCUCAACAGAGCGAUGCGCAAGCGCCGCUUAAAUCACUGA